AUGGCCAAUAGCUAUUACUUUCCGUCUGAAGAAACUUAUGCACAGAAAGGGUGGAGGAAAUGUAAGGAACAGCCGCUGGUACCGAUUGGUAUCUUCGCAACUUGCGUUGCGCUGAUCGGGGCUACGAAGCAUUUACGUUCAGGGGACCGGACCAACUUUAAUAGGUUUUUGAGGUUCCGUGUGGUGGCACAAGGAAUCACCGUUGCUGCAUGUGUGGGUGGAACCCUAGUAUAUGGGCGUUAUUACGAUUAUAUCUUUUUACUAUGCAUCCGUUGUGUCAAAUUGGACUCUACAUCGCAGAACAAGCAGGAGAAGGAUGCGGAGCGAUUGCGAGAUGAAGCGGAGUUUGCAGCGUACCAAGUUGCCAAGGCUACUGCAACAGAACCCCUCGGUCCACCUCCAACUACAGCAGCUCAACGAAGAGCGGAGGAAAGCAUCGAAGAUCUUGUCGCCCGCGCCGAGGCUCUUGAAAGAGCGCAGUCACGGAAAGGGAGUGCUCGGGAUACAUUGAUGGCCGCACUAGCGAAACAAAAGGCUGAGAAAGCCGAGUGGGCGAAGCAGAAGGAGCAAGCAGCGACAACAGACAAAUAG